UUUCAUAUGCGACCGCAUAGCUGUCGACUUGUUCAUUUAGUGCAUUCUUUGUGAAUCUAUCAGAACAACAUUGUUCGACUUUUUUUGGUAGGAAUGUUGGGGAUUAUACAUUAUGCGAGAUCCUUGGUAUCUUAUGGCUAUAAUGCUUCGAUUUUUUCUCUUUAAGUUAUGGAUUUGCAGAGAAUGGAGGGCGUUGUUUAGUUGUUGGGAUAUUGCUUAUUGUCUUGAAUUUUUCUUUACUUAAGGUACAUCCUCACUCUAUCUCAAUUGGUUGACUCAUUCUCAGGUGAACGAUACUGGCGUUGGUGGAUCCAUUAUCGACGCUGAUGCUUUGAGAACUUCGCUGGAUCCAUCCAAAGUUCCGCCUUGCCAGUGCCAAUCCACAAAGACAUAUUCUUUUUCCCUUGCUCUGUCCGGAAUUUGCCAGUCCCUGCUACAUAAAUCACAAUUUGCUGAAUUUGGAAACAAUCAUCCGCACGCUAAGAUUCAAUGGCAUCCGAGAGACACUCAUUCAAUGCAAAGUGGACGGAGUCUGUAACCAAUAUACUUAUCGGUUUAUUGGUGGAUGAGGCCAAAAAGGGAAACCGCACAUCUUCCACUUUCAACAAAGCGGGGUGGAGGAAUGUACAGUCUGAACUCAAUAGACAGACAGGAUUCCAAUUUACCAUGGUUCAGCUAAGGAACAAGGUAAACAAAUUGAAAAAACAGUAUGGCAGUUUUCACAAACUCAUUUCUCAGUCCGGAUUUGGUUGGGAUAAUGUCAACAAAAGAAUUGUUGUCGACGAUCCAAGUAUAUGGGAAUCUCAUAUCAAGGAUAAUGUCGAGUGGGCAAGAUUCAGGAAGAAUGGAUUUCCUCAGUAUCCUGAGCUUUGUAUUGUUUUUGGUGGUACAUAUGCUACUAGGGAUCAUGCCGUAGGAUGUGCUCAAGAAGACAAUCUGUCGGAUGAUGAUGACAAUGGUAAUGACAAUGUAUGUGGUGACAAUAGUGGUGGCGAUGCAGAUGGUGUCAAUGCAGGUGGUGACUAUGAUGGUAGCAAUGCAAAUGAUUUCUUUAGAUACCAGAGUGAUAACAGACUUUUUACAACAGACGAUACUGGAACUUCAGCUCGUGGGAAGCACAAAUUGGAUAGAACUCCAAAUAGUAAGCGGAGAAGAAAGAGUAACCAAUCCAGUUUUGCUGAAACUUGUAGAGCCAUACAAUAUUUUCUAAAAGUUAAGUCAUCAAGUCCAUCUGGUGAUGGCUCUGCGAGCUCAGCGACUUCACAACCACCUGUAGACCCUUUCUCCGUAUCUACUAUGGUCCAGAUUCUAAACAAUAUGCCCGAGAUAGAGCAAGAUGUUUACAAUAAAGCAGUGGAACGAGUAUGCGUCAGUCGUGAAUGGAGGGAGGCUUUCAUUACAGGCAUACCUGCAAGGAGGAUUGGCAUUCUUCAAUUUCUUUAGUAGAUAUUUGGAAAUAUAUGAUGAAUUGCAUGGAGUUUCAUUAGACUGUAUAACGUAUAUUAUCUAUUAAUCUUUAGUUUAUUCAAAUAUGAUUAGUGUUGAGACUCUUGUACUUAUAUGUAAUGGCAUAUCUUAUUGAGAUUUUA